GCAAUUUAUCACAUUAAAAAUCAACCACUCCUCACACUCACCAGAUGGCCAACUGAUAAUCUAGUUGGAUUCCUGAUUAUGUCUCCUGUUCUAUAGCUCUCAGUCUAAAAGGUAAAAAUAUGGGUGAAAAUUCUCUCCUAAAUCUCAACCUUCUCGUAUUUAUCUCUAAAGGUUCCUCUCUUUGACUCUCCCUCUCCUAAUUUACAGCUCUGAUUCCUAAUCUAUUCUCUUUCCUUUUUUCUUUUAUUUUGCUGCUCUCCCUCCUCCUUUUCUUCUAUACAAUAUAUUCCAAUUUAGGGUCUAAGAUCCUAUAUCAGCCGACUUAGAAAAAUAAUAGUAUAAAAUAAACAUCACCGUUGCUGUUGACGUGGGAGUACAAUAAUUGUCCACCUAAUACAUUUGCAAAUAUUUUCUAGUCAUAUGAAUUUAUCUUUUUCUUUCUGAUAACCACAAUGCAAUAUUAUACACAUAAGUUUAUGAUCAAUUGAGAUUUUUUAAUCUAAUUAAAAAUUAAAAUGCAUUAUUAACCAUUCAUUUUUAUUACAUAAGUGAUUAGAAUUUACCAUAUAAAAAAUAUUUUUAAAUUAAUUAAUUAUAAAAUGGCAGAAUGGUAAUUUCAUUCUUGUCUAGAAUGUCAUCCGACCCUUCGCUAACGCCUCACCUCUUUCUCCUCCACAAAACCAACGAUUUCUCCCAUAGCCGCUGCCGCAGCGGCUGCAGGCGGCCGAUUGUCAAGCAAUCGAGACUUUAUCUCGUGAAAUCCUCAUCAAGCCUGCAGGAGGAGAUCAAGGUUCCUCAAAUUGGAUCAAUCCCCAAAUUGGCGCCGGCGGUGCAAAUCCCCAAAUUGGAUCAAUCCCCAACUCUGAGGUUUCCGUCGAAGAUUUUCCGUUCUGUGUCGCCGGAGGCUAAGGAUCUGUUGAGGAAGAUGAUCUGUCGAGAUCCUUCUAGAAGGCUCUCCGCCGAGCAAGUUUUGAUGCAUCCGUGGAUCGUAAACGGAGGAGAGAUGUGAGAUUUGAGCUGUACAUAGAGACGGUGGUCGCAGAAACAGAUGAAUAAUGUAGUAGAUGAAUCCCUCACCCUUUUCUUUUGAUGAAAAUGACAUAGCACCACUUUGUUUUGGAGGAGUUGUGGCUUUCGAUCAUCUUUUGUGUUUUGGUGAGAGAUUUGUGCCAAAUUAUGAAUAAAGUUUGCACAUUUAUCUGAUUUAGGUGUCGAGUGUAUUGUUUUUGUAAUCUGAAAGAGGUAAUGUUCAAUACUCAUGGACUGGAGAAUCAAGCUUAAUCA